UUAAAAUUAUCUGUCAUAACAUUCUUAUCAUAUUUAAGUGCCAUGGGAUAUUAUCAAUAUUGUACGUCACUUUUGUUUGAGUUUUGGCGUAUCCCGUUUCAAGUUGAUUACUUCGCCUUGGUCAAGCUUGCAUCUGGAGCUGCAUGUGAACAAUGCAAUUUGCACACUUUUGGCAGCAUUCUGUAUGGUGAGUGUCUUGCGUUUCUUGGAUUUGUUGCAUCGCUCUACGACAUCUACUACCUUAUAGCUCCGUACUACACUGACCAGGUGAAAGCACCGCGACUUUACCGCGAUCUGCAACUAAUGCUUGGAACGAUCUCGACCCUGGUGUACUUGGUGCUGAUGCUGGGAUUGUUGUUAGAGAACGCACAGAUGCUUGUACCAUGGCUUGUGCUGGAAAUUGUAUCUAUAGCGCUGCUGCUCACAUCGUUUAGAGACGGCCACAUGCGACUCUUCAUAUUGGGACUGUCCAUCAAUAAUAUCAUGCAAAUAAGCUGCGUAUUUUUAAACUUCCUAAGAUUAAAGAAAGUCAUAUAGUG